AUGAGCCAGUAGAGAACCCAGACAGCCACUAACAGAGAAUAAGGAACGGCAGGAGCACGGCAUUAUGCAGACAAAUAAUAAGACCGGAAAUCAACAAGUACCUGAGCACCCUAUGUAUACUCAGGAACCCAGAGCAUCGUUCUCUCCCAAAUGUAUCAACCCUCCCUCCAACUUCAGCAAAGAGGACUUCUUUAUUUUCAGGCUUCCUCUGCUAAACCAGGCAAUAAAGGACAUAGAGAGUCAACUUUCGGAAGAUGAAGACGGUGAGCUUCACAGCGUCUGGAUCAUGACACAGAUAACUCACUGGGGGGCUGAGUGUGAGCUGCUUGCAUUCCUCAGUGCCCACUCACUACUGCUCUGCUAUUAUGAUUUUGUGGGACUCAGCAGCUCUCGUCUGUUCCGCAUCCCAUUAAAUUACAUUGAUACCGUGACAUGGGGACCCCUGACCUACCCCAGGACAGCACUCAGCAAGUAAGUACCUCUGGCCCCUCUAGUUCAUACCUCCACCUCUCUCAAUUAUUUCACCUUAUCUCUGCCCGCGCCUCUCUCCCCAUCUCUGCCUGCGCCUCUCUCCCCAUCUCUGCCCGCGCCUCUCUCCCCAUCUCUGCCCGCGCCUCUCUCUAUGGCCCUCAUAUUCAAAGCAUCAACAGACUGAUGAGAAACUGCCUUCCUGGCCUUAACUGCAUCACUGUCCGGUGGUCUGUCGAUAUAUUGUAAAAAAGGGGGCAGACCUGCAAAGUGCCGGUGAGUGUCGAUGUGUCUCCCAUAGGAUAGAAUAGGAAAUGCUACAUCAUCUAAAUAUCGGCACUUGUUGGCACUUUCGGGGGGGGGGGGCGUAUUUGAAGUGUUCCAACUCAGCACA